AUGGCUCUGCUUCUGCAUGAAUUAUUAUGUUCAUUUGAUAAAGAGGAGUACACUCCAAUGUUUACUGUAUGCUGGUUUCCUUAUUCGAUGGUUGAAUUGAAGGAAUUCAAAUCAGUAGCCCUUUAAAUAUGCUAAGAUCUUAUCAAGAAAGGGAAGCUACAGUCUAAUAUCAUUACCAAGUCUGUUCUUGAAUCAGCCACAGGUGUCAGAAUGUGGCAAGCACUAAGAUCACUUAGCGAUUACUGUCUCAUGGAAAGCAUGAAAGCGCAAUUUACAAAAUCUGAAUUAAAAGCAAUGCCAGAUUUUAUUCAAAACACAGUAUAACUUAUCAUUAAAGGAGCUAUGCCUACUUCACAUCAUAGUAGCAAAUACCUAGAUGAAAAUGCUGAUCCCAAUAAUAAAGAGGAAGCAGCUACAGGUGUGUAAAGCAACCCCAACGGUCUAAAUCUUGAGAUUGUGCCAGGAAAUUGUAAUCAUAAAAUGCUUAAGCGCAAUAUCAGAGCCACUAAUGUGCACAUGCAUCAGCUGAUGAAUGAGUUCAUCUAGAAAUCUGAGAGCAUUAAUAAGCAAUAGAAAUCAUGGGUAGAGUUCUCAACAAAUUUAAAUGAUGAAUACCUUAAGGCCAAGAAUGAGAAUGCUUAAUUCAGAUCGAAAGCUAAAUAGCUAGGAUUAUUGACUGAAGAUGGCUAUGGCUUCAGUGAACUGUCCAGAGAUCUUUAAAGCCAAGGUAUCUAAUGUAUUGAAAGAAUACCUUAGAUUAACGAAAUCAGAAAAAUGACUUAGCAAAUCCAGAAUGUCGAUAUUCUGAGCAAAGAUAAUCUCGAGUCUAAUAUUUACUCAGUCUUGUAGUAAUAAAGAGUAGACUAGCCUGCAUUGGUAUUGGACCAGAACACUUUAUUCAAGAAUGUGACUGAGAACGAGGAAAAGGAGAAACUUAGAGAGACAUUGAAGUAUGGCUAUAGUAAAGAUGUGCUCUCUAUAAAUAUGCUGCUUGAUUAAUCACUGGUCUAGAUGAAUGAAAUGAAUGACUAGAUAGAAGCUAAUUAAGUCAAAAAGUCAGAGGUACAUAAAGACUUUGGAAAUCAGUUAGAUUGGUUAAUUUAAUAGCAUAAAAUAAAUAGUAUUGUUAGUUUAACUAAUGUAAUCUUGAUUUCAUAAUUCAAAUCUAUUCUUGUUAAAAUUAUAUUUAUUGCUAAUUAAGCUAAUCAGUCAGAAUUAUUAAAAUGGGAAAUUGCUGUGAAACAGUAAUCAAGAGUGCGAAGUGCUGCAAAUGCGAUCUUGACUUUCUUCCGAAAAGCUCAUCUGCAACAUCUUGAUUUGAUAAAUAAGUCAGCAAGUACCUUAGAGAUAUACAGAAAAGCCCAGUGCAAAUGGCGAAGAUUGUGCUUGUGCAAGCAUGGUUUCGAGGGUUCUAAUCUUCGUAUUCUCAGACCUAACUCAAGGAUAUGCCCUACUCGCAGAUCUGAAGCAUCAUCAGUGAAUAUAAAGCUUAGGGAGAUAGACUAGAAGGUUGGGCCUUUUAAGUUUAAGAAGGAGUUCGAGGAAAGGGAGAGUUUCAGAAGUGUAACUACACUGAAACCUGUCGAAGUUGAUGAGAAUGCAGUUUAUGUAGGUGAAUGGUCUAAGGAUGGACUUAGACAAGGCAAAGGGCUUUAAAUAUGGAAGGAUGGGAGCAGAUAUGAGGGCUAUUGGAAGAAUGAUAUGGCCUAGUAUCAUGGCAGAAUGAUCUACCCUGAUGGAGAAGUCUACGAUGGUCUUUGGUGGGAAGACAAAGCUCAUGGUCGUGGCAUAUAUUUGAACAUUUAGGGUGUAAAGUAUGAGGGUGAGUGGCAUUAGGACUAGCAACAUGGCUAAGGAAUUGAAUACUGGCCUGAUGGUACUAAGUAUGUUGGUUAAUACCAGCAGGGUAAGAAGUAGGGUUAUGGAGUUUACACUUUCAAGGAUGGUUCUCGUUACGAAGGUGAAAUAAGUAUCAAUACUAUUCACGGCAAGGGGAAGAUAACAUUUAAGGACGGAAGAUGCUAUGAUGGGGAUUGGAAGAAUAAUCAGAUGGAAGGCACUGGCAAGUUCACUUGGAGUGACGGAAGGUGCUAUCAAGGGUAGUACUAAGAGGACAGAAAGCACGGACAAGGAACUAUGACGUGGUCUGAUGGAAAGCAAUACAAAGGAGGAUGGUUUAAUGGUAAGUAGCACGGCUAAGGAACUUAUAAAACCCCUUCUUAAGAAGAUAGAGUAGGAGAAUGGGAAUACGGGAAAUUGAUUAAGUGGAUUAAUUGA